AUCCUUCAAGCUAAUUUUAAGACAGCUGGCGAGUCAAAUUAAAAUGAAUGCUCCGUGCUGAACCAUUUAGCAAAAUAUUGACUUUUUAAACUGUUAUUUGUGUUUAAUAUACAUUAUGAGGGCGAACUAUUUGAAGAGGAAAAACAUUCUAGUUAAUCUUCUAUAGCUAAUCUACUGCAGAACCAAGGAGGGGCGUUCACUUUCGUCGCUGGUCUAUGACGUAAUAUGCGGCGAUUUAGCGCUCUAAACAGUGUCCAAAGCUCAAAUGGAUUAGCAACAGAUUCAAAUUGUAUAAAGAUGCCUGAACACUGCGUUUGGAUUUAAAGGUUUUGCUGACAGUUACAGUUAUUUGCCGGAGUCUGGGGAUGGAGUGUUCAGAUGAGAACCAGCCUGAUGAGAUGCCAGAAGAGCAGAUCUGUGGCACCGAAGGUCACAGGAAGUCUCCAAAGAGACGGAGAGAGAUUAAGCGAAGUCGGCGGAGAGUGAACGGAGUGGAGCAGGCGUGUUCAGGGAGCGAGCUCAGAGGAGACUCCGAGUUACAUGAUGCCUCUGAGACCAGCGAGAGCUCCACGAAGAGACUGGACAAGUGCAGACGAGCUCACUUCCUCCACGGUCCGUAUCCCAGCACACACUUCGGACCCAAAGCCUGCAUCCUGCCCAACCCGACCUCCAUCAUGCACAUCCAGGAUCCGGUGAGUCAGAGGUUGGUAUGGAACAAGCCGCCGCUCAACGUCUUGGUGAUCCGUAAGAUCCGAGAUGAGAACCUGCUAGAGCCGUUUAAGGAGUUGUGCAGCUUCCUCAUCCAGGAGAAAGGUCUGAGUGUGUAUGUGGAGAAGAAGGUGGUUGAGGAUGGAGCUCUGAUGGCGGACGAGUCGUUCUCUAGCAUCAGGAGACAGCUGUGUACCUUCAGAGAGGGGUUUGAUGAUAUCUCAGACUGUAUAGAUCUGAUAGUGUGUCUGGGAGGAGACGGUACACUGCUGUACGCAUCAUCACUCUUCCAGGGCAGCGUCCCGCCCGUCAUGGCCUUCCACCUCGGCUCGCUCGGCUUCCUCACACCCUUUAAUUUCGAGACAUAUAAGACUGAAGUGGACAAAGUGUUCGCAGGUAAUGCCGCUGUCGUGCUGCGUAGUCGUCUGAAGGUGAAGGUGCUGAAAGGAUCACUUCAGAGGGACCAGGAGAACGGCAGUGUUACACACACACACACGCACACCAACCCUGUCUCACUGCAGCUACAGGUGCUGAAUGAGGUCGUGGUGGACAGAGGUCCCUCCUCUUACCUGUCCAACGUUGAUCUGUACCUGGAUGGACGUCUCAUAACCUCCGUGCAGGGAGACGGUGUGAUUGUGUCGACACCCACAGGGAGCACGGCAUACGCAGCGGCAGCAGGAGCAUCCAUGAUCCACCCCAACGUCCCCGCCAUCAUGGUCACGCCAAUCUGCCCUCACUCGCUCUCCUUCAGACCCAUCGUUGUGCCUGCUGGGGUCGAGCUCAUGAUCGCUCUCUCUCCGGACGCUCGGAACACGGCGUGGGUUUCCUUCGACGGCAGGAAGAGACAGGAAAUCCAGCAUGGAGACAGCAUUAAGAUCACUACGUCGUGUUACCCGGUUCCGUCUCUGUGCCGUCACGGACUGGUGUACGACUGGUUCGAGAGUUUAGCAGAGUGUUUACACUGGAACAUCCGCAAGAAACAAACACACCUGAGCGAUGCCUCUGACUCCACCGACACAGACACCUGAUUCUCUCUCUCUCUCUCACACACACACACCUGCAUGAUGGUCUGUAAUAGUAAAGUGCUCAGAUGAUGUCAUUCUGUAUUUAUUUUAAUUACAUGCUUCAUUAAUGAGUGUGAAGUGACGUUCCAGUGUGUGGCUCAGCGCCUCCCUGUGGACAAAUUGCAGCACUGUCAAGAAAAAUUUUAAAUAAUAAUAAUAAGAUACAAUAAAAACCCGCACCGGAGCAGCACUCUGACCUCACACUUGUAGUGUUGAUAUUUAAAAAUGAAGAAUAAGAGCAAUAAAGUGACAAGCAGCUCUGAGUGACAUUAUUCAUCUUUAUUUACUUCUAUGUCUUUAAGAUUUUUUUUUCUUCUUGAGUUCAAACAGCAAUUUUUUUUUUAAAUCCACAAAAUAUUAACAGUGUGCAAGAAAACAUGAUUUAUGGCACGUCCGAGAGAAACGGUUACAAAAAAUAGAGAUAUCUUCAUAAUCGAGGCAGAAAGGAUGCACGCAGGGGAGAGAACACAGAGUGACAGAUGGAGGUGGAGCUCACACACACACACACACACACACACACACACACACCCUUUGUUGUGUGAUGUAUCAUCAUACAUCAGUAAAAUGAACUGUUAGUGAAACUUGGCACUGAAUCUCCACAGAGUGGGAUUUUUGCAGACAUCAGCUGCUCUCUGUCUCUCUCUCAUACACACACACAGAGUUGGCACAUAUUUAAAUAUUUAAGACUAGUGAUUAUUGUGAGCACAUAUUCCUUCAAAAUGUCCAUAAAUAAGGAUGUACACUUGAAUCACGCUCGAGCCUGAAUUCUGGGCUCUCAGAUUUAUUAAGGUAUGUGAUGAGGGCGCCAUUACUUUUGCACCACACUCAUCAGUCAGAGUUAUUUGUUGAAACUUAUAGUCACUUGUGUGCAAAAUAAAAAUAAAAUAAAAAAUAUUGGAACGUCGAACAGGAAGUGAUGUAACACUCUUCACAUGCUCCCUACCUAGGCACACUCCCAGGCCUGUGUGAGGAGCACAGCAGGUUUCCCUUAUAAACACACACCUCAAAUAUCGUCACGUAUAGUCACACACAGACACACAUGCACAGUCCCAUAAAUUCUGUUUGGUCCUGAAAAAAAAUAAUAAAUCACUGAAAUUUGGCACUUGAAUGUUUUUUUUCCUUAUGCAGGAGCUUGUCAUCUUGAACGGCCAUUUUGUUAGAUUGGAGUUGGGUCUCUCUCUUUCUCUCACACACAGACACACAUACACACUCACACACAAACACACACGUAAAUAAACUGCUGUGUGUUUCCAUCAGCUGCUCUUCUGUUGAAUGUAUGAAUCAAGCACACUGGCUCUGGUCCAAUACAGCCUUCGACUCUCCCCGUUGGUUACUUCAUCAGCAAGAGUAAAGAUCAGAACGUUACUGUAGGAGCAGCAGUUAUCCAGGAUGCAUUGUUGCAAUCUGACAAAACCUGUGG